ACGGCCGGAGAGUUUUCUUCUUCCAGUCAUCCGCCCGCUCACAGAGGUCCGUCCACCACUCGGCAAUGUCGGAUCCCUACGAGAGAGCGAAGGGAGGGAGGCUGUCCUUCAAGGGAGGGGCCCUCGCCACCCGCGGCAAGUCCAUCGACAAGAAGAACAAGAAGAAGAAGCACAAGAAGCCGGCCGAGGACCAUGGCGGCGAUCCCGAUAACCCCGCCGCCGCCCCUGACGGUGAGGUCGACGUCGACGCCAGCGGCGGCGGAGAUGGGCAGGGGAUCUACACGAUCGAUGCGGCGAAGAAGAUGAAGUACGAGGAGCUGUUCCCGGUGGAGACGAAGAAGUUCGGGUACGACCCCAAGCUCAAGGCCCAGUCAGUCGAGGACGCGCUCGACGACCGCGUGAAGAAGAAGGCCGACCGCUACUGUAAAUAGCUCUCUCCCGCCCUGAUUCUUAUUCCUUCUUCCUGCUGCGGGCUGGAAAACCUAGAACGGUCAGUUUGAUUGAUAUUCUGUAGCAGUACUUAGAUGUAUGACUAUGACAUUGGAGAAAGCAUGUAUGUCACUUCCAUGGCGAUUUCUGUACAAACGAAGGGGGUGAUUUCCUCUGCCUAUUCAGCUGUUGGCAUCAGGGGAAACCUCGAAAUUGCUAAUUUUCCAGAAAAGAUUAGUAUUUCAUGGAUCUGAAUUUUGGGUGAA